AACGCAAUAACUCAUGGCAAUUAUCAGUUGGUCACGAGUGGACCAAACCCUCUCUCUUUCUCUCUCUAAAACCUUAAAACUCAAACCCAAGUCUCUCUGUUUCUCUCUCAUCAUAAUCUUCAUCAGACUCCCAUUGGUUUUGAUUGUUGAAAUUCUUGUCCUUUGCUCUCCUUCCAUCUCUAUCUAAUAAUAUUUCUAUUUCGAUUUGGUCUUUGGUCUAUUUGGAAACUCAAUCCCUCAUUAAACAGAAGCAUAUCUCUGCAGAUAAGACCCACAUCUGUAUUAUUAAUGGCUCAAAUUUACUCUGCUUUACACCAAUCACCCCCACAAUCAGAAUUUUAUUUCCUUCCAUAAAGUAAAGAAGAGAAAAAGGUGAAGUAUAUAUAUAUAUAUAUACUUGUAACCUCCGCCAUGAAUGCUUCUUUGCUUCCUUCACACACCCAUAUCGCUCGCUCUUUUAAGCUCUGUUUGUCAUUCAUUACAAACUAAUAUUACUGACCUACCAAGCAAAGCAAAGCAAAAGCCCAAAUAGGACCCUUUUUUUCUUUCUCGAUCCCCAUAUUAGGCUAUGAAUGCUAUUUUGCUUGUGCUCCACACCUAUCUGCUUUCAACCCAUCAAACUUUCACUUUGUCUUAAUCAAUACCGUUAGAGAAGCACAACCCACAUCCCAAAAUCUGAGUUUGAGCUCCAAUGUCUAAGGACCCAUCUCACCAGCCUGAGCCUGAAACCAUGCCAUUCUUUGAAGUUUUUAAGAAGUUUAAGCGUUUCAAGCUCUUUGAGCCGUCUUUGGGCGUUUUGGGUUUCUUCUUUGCCAGUGUCUGUGUAAUUUUGUGCUUCUUCUACUUGGAUUAUAGAGCUGUGGUUAAAGGGUUUCGGUUCCCGGGACAAUCGGAGCGGUUUAUGUGGCUGCAGACAAACGGGUCGGUCAAGGAUCCGAGGGUUGAGUUUUUAGAACAAAAGGGUGGUGGGUGUGAUGUGUUUGAAGGGGAUUGGGUGUGGGAUGAGUCCUACCCUUUGUAUAACUCCAAAGAUUGCCGCUUUUUGGAUGACGGCUUUAGGUGCACUGAGAAUGGCCGGCCUGAUUUAUUUUAUACCAAGUGGAGAUGGCAACCCAGACAUUGCAACUUGCCUAGAUUUGAUGCGAAGUUGAUGUUAGAAAAACUGCGUGGCAAGCGGCUAGUGUUUGUUGGUGAUUCAAUUGGAAGAAACCAAUGGGAAUCACUCCUCUGCAUGCUCUCUUCUGCAAUUCCUAAUAAGGAUUCAAUCUAUGAAGUGAAUGGCAACCCAAUUACUAAGCACAAAGGGUUCUUGGUGUUCAAAUUUAAGGAUUUUAACUGCACUGUUGAGUACUACAGGUCUCCAUUUCUAGUACUUCAGAGCCGCCGUCCUCCUGGAACUUUACAAAAUGUCAGAACAACUAUGAAAGUGGAUCAAAUGGACUGGAAUUCUGCAAAGUGGAGAGAUGCAGAUGUGUUGGUCUUCAACACAGGGCACUGGUGGAAUUAUGAGAAGACUAUAAGAGCGGGUUGUUACUUCCAGGUAGGGGCAGAAGUAAAGAUGGAAAUGAGCGUAGAAGAUGCAUAUCAACGCUCCAUGGAGACUGUGGUGCACUGGAUAGACACUAAAGUAAAUUCAAGCAAGACUCAGGUUUUCUUUCGAACAUACGCCCCUGUGCAUUUCAGAGGCGGGGAUUGGAAGACGGGGGGAAACUGCCAUUCGGAGACUCUGCCUGAGCUAGGGUCCACAUUGGUUCCUUCUCAAUCUUGGGAUCAAUUCAGGAUAGCCAAUGCUGUGCUAUCAGCUCACUCAAACACAUCAAAGGCAACGGAAAUUGAUAUAUUAAAUGUAACUCGAAUGACUGCACGAAGAAAAGAUGGGCAUUCGUCUUUGUACUAUUUGGGUCCUGAAGUUGGCCCUGCGCCUCUCCAUCGCCAAGACUGCAGCCACUGGUGUCUGCCUGGAGUCCCUGACACAUGGAAUGAGCUACUCUAUGCGCUAUUCCUAAAGCAUGAGAUGACCAGCAAAUUUAACUCAUCAACUUAUAGGGCACAGGUAUGAUGUGAAACAAUUCUCUUGUUUAUAUGUUCCCGAGGAAGACUCGGCUUCUGUGCACAUAGCAAUGCUUCCUACUAGAAAAGGGGAAAAAGGCCAAAGGAAACAGCACAUAGCAGCAUCAAUUUUGUCAGGGUUUUGAGUUUUGGUUUGAUAGCAGGCCUCAGAUUUUUAUGUUAAUAGAGAGAUCAAUUAUGAUUGAUGUGGGGGAAACAGCAUUCUUUUGGAAGACAAAAAUCCCAACUUUAGGCAGGAAAUAGGCCGUCAGGGGUUUCUUGAAUAAAAUUAUCGAAGUGUAGAGAAAUUUUACAGUGUUUUUCCUUUUUUUGUCUUCUUUAAAUUAUUAAAUAGCUUUUUUACAUUGUAAUUCC